AAUACAUUAAUUAUUCACAUGAACAAACUUCCACAAACAAUCAAAACCAUAGAAAAGUUCCUCUUUUCUUCUUUUUCAUUUAAAGAACAAAAAUGAAGGCUCCACUUUCUUCAUCAACAUCAUCAUCCUCUGGUAUUCUUAGAAGGUCUCGUCUCUCAACUUACUUAUACACUUUAUUAGCUUUCAUUGUUUUCGUUGCUGUCAUCCAUGGAGAAUACUCCAUCGCCAAUUUUGGCCGAGUUGACCCAAUAAUCCCCAGCUCAGUUAUCUCCACUACACCAGUGAAGAAAAGGGAGAAGGUGGUGGUGCAGCUGCCGUCAUUUGCGGUGGAGGAAAGUGAAGAAGGAUGUGAUAUAUUCAGUGGCAAGUGGGUCAAGGACGAGUUGACUCGGCCUCACUAUGGUGAAUCGGAGUGUCCAUACAUCCAGCCACAAUUAACGUGUAGAGCACAUGGGAGACCGGAUACUGAGUAUCAGAAAUGGAGAUGGCAACCUCAUGGCUGUGAUAUUCCUAGAUUCAAUGCCACAUUGAUGCUAGAGAGCCUAAGGGGGAAGAGAAUGAUGUUUGUGGGUGACUCAUUGAACCGUGGUCAAUAUGUAUCAAUGGUUUGCCUUCUCCAUAGGCUCAUACCCGAGGAUAAAAAAUCCAUGGAAACAUACAAUAAUGACGCCCUCACGGUUUUCCGAGUUAAGGACUACAAUGCCACCAUAGAAUUCUAUUGGGCUCCAUUUCUUCUAGAAUCCAACUCGGAUAAUGCUGUAGUUCAUAGAAUAUCCGAUAGGAUCGUGAGGAAAGGCUCGAUGAAUAAGCAUGGCAGGCAUUGGAAGGGUGUCGACAUUUUGGUUUUCAAUACGUACUUGUGGUGGGUGACAGGCCAAGACAUGAAGAUCUUGAAAGGGUCAUUCAAGGAUGUUGAGAAAGAAAUAAUGCAGAUGUCAACUGAGGAUGCUUAUCGUAUGGCAAUGAAGAGCUUGUUGAGAUGGGUGACCAGAAAUUUGGAUCGUGAGAGGACUAGGGUUUUUUUCACCAGCAUGUCUCCUACUCAUUCAAAGGGCGAUUGGGGAGGUGAGGCUAGUGAGAACUGUUACAAUCAAACGACACCAAUCGCAGAUUCAAAUUAUUGGGGUUCUGAUAGCAGGAAAAGCAUAAUGAAAGUGAUUGGGGAAGAAUUCAGUAAAUCCGAAUUCCCCAUCACGUUUCUUAACAUCACACAACUAUCGAGUUACCGCAAAGAUGCGCACACCUCGAUUUACAAGAAACAAUGGAAUCCAUUGACGACAGAGCAACUAGCCAACCCGGCUAGCUAUGCAGAUUGCAUCCAUUGGUGCUUGCCGGGACUUCAAGAUACUUGGAAUGAGCUUCUCUUUGCCAAGCUUUUCCAUCCUGAUUUAAUCUAAUUUCCAUUCAUGAAUUUAUAUAUAUAUCAAAUUAACAUUCUUUUACUUGGUUUUUGGUUAUAGCCACAUGCAUACUAUUGCCAUUGAUACAAGGUUUUGGUGCUUGAGGUGGUAACAUUUGAUCAACAAAAUAGAUGAAGAAAUAGAUGAAAAAGAAGAGCUUUUGUAAGAUAAUAA